GAACCUCCCGUCUCGCUCGCCGGCGAUAACUGAUUUUCGCUCCCAGAACUGGCCCUCCACUCUAUCGUCAUGCGCCUUCAGAGUCCUGCUUACUUCACCGCCUUAUCGAGCCUGUGCCAAUCCUGGCGUUCUACGAUCUCGUCUUCCUCCAUCACUGCCGACUUCAUCUCCUCCAUUCACGCCCUCAUCCUCUUCCCUGGCUCCACCUCCUCCGCCUCCUCAAGCUAUUACUCCAUCACCGACGACGCCAUUUAUAAUUUUCCCUUGAUCCCCUCCUAUCGAACACUAGCCUUCUUCGACCAAUCAAACGGGUGUUAAGUUGCUCUCGAUGACUCUACUGGAUGAAUCCCUUCCAUCGCUGACCCUCUCUCAGGCCUCCAUGCCGAUUUCCAUUUUCUUAUUAGUCCGUUCUGUUCGUCGACCUUGCCUAAAUCCCAACUUUUUUCUUUUCCGACAUGAAUCUGUCAUGCUCCGUCCCAUCGGCGGCUCCCAUUGGACCUUGCACUACUUCCCCGCUUUCAGCGAUGCCAUAUUUUUUCAAAAUCGGCUCUAUCUCACCCACGCGCCGGAUGACUACCCCAACAUUGGCGGUGUGCGCGUGGUAGAAUACGACUUUCAAACCAAAAACAAGCGUCAGAUCUUCUCGGGCAGAGAUGGGAUGGAGGAGUCAGCAUCAGGACAUCUCUUAAAACAAGAAAUACUCGCGGGUUUAAAGUUGCUGCCGAGGACGGAGAGGGAUUUAGCUAAUAAUGAAGAAACGAAUUGGCCCAGAGGAAGGAAAAGGAUUAUAUUUCUUGGGUGUCAAAGAAGUGAUUUAAGCGUCAGCCGUCUCAAGGGAAGCAUUCGGAAGAAAAACAGAAUUCUCUCAAUCUGGCGUUUUCUCAACUCCGUUCUAAUGGAUUUUAUGUUUAUGUUGAUGAUCAUGAAAGAAAUGAGGUGUCCAAGAUUCAACCUUGUUGGUCUGUUUUCCAUCAAAUCCUCUGAUGGAAGCAAUAAUCUGAUGCUCAUAUUGGCACAUAUUCGGAAGCGUGUGAAGGACCAGCAACAUUCGAAGGACCGACAGCAUUUGAAGGAGCAUCGACUUCAGAAGCAUCAACAGGCAAGGGUUCAGCCUCAACAUAUAUAA